AUGUCGCCAGUCAUGAUGGAAUCUCCUGCGUUGAACAUGCAUCUUCCUGCGCUCUCCACCCUCUCGCGGAUACAACAGCAGUACUCGCCCAGCACAGCCUCAGAACAUGCUGCAGUACAACGCGACUCUUUGGCUACCUCACCAGUCCAUGCCGGGUCUCAGAAGAUUAACCCAGGCGACUUCACCUUAGAGCAGCUUUUGCAAAAAGACCGGCUUGUCGUAGAAGAUCAACCCACGUCAGCACCGAAUGCGCCCCAACAACAGCAGCAGCCGCCCCCGCCGCAACGUACCGGCUGCACUAAUUGUGGAGUCGUUGAAACCCCCCUGUGGCGACGCGACACCGAGGGCAAAACCAUCUGCAAUGCUUGUGGUCUUUACCUCAAAUCACGCAAAGUCGCACGUCCCCCAUCUCUGGCCCGCACGCCAACGCCCACUGCGACUUCUGCAGCUCCCGUCCCUCAGCCCCCAAACGGAAGUAGCGAACCAGAUAUGUCCAACCCAAAUCAGGCAACUUUGGCUGCCACGUCCGCUUCAGGUGCCCACAACACUUCUAGUGGAGGCACGUGUCCAGGUGACGGACGAUGCGAUGGCACGGGGGGAUCUAGCGCUUGUGCCGGGUGUCCCACGCUUAACAACGCACUCGCUGUAUCCGGAAGAUUAGAGAUCACUGCCCCUGCAGACGAAUCGUCGCCCUCUGCGCCUGCGCGAGGCGCAACUCCCAGCGGUGAUGCACCGUCACCCGGUGUCGAUACCGAAAGCCCGGCUUCGGGGCCUGCUAAGAAGGUCAAGUCUGCCGUCGGGGCUCUCAGUUGUGCUAACUGCGGUACAAGUACGACGCCGCUCUGGAGAAGAGAUGACGUUGGAAACAACAUCUGCAAUGCUUGUGGUCUCUACUUCAAGCUUCAUGGCACCCAUCGUCCCAAUUCGAUGAAAAAGACUGUCAUCAAGCGACGGAAACGCGUCCCAGCAGCCGCAGGGAUGUCAUCGGGACGCAUGUCAGAUCAAGCUGCGGCUGAGGCACUUGUCUCUGUUGGCCGGCUUGGUAGCCAACACGCGAACACCGAGGAGAGUGAUGGGGAGAUAGAAGAACCUCAACCUCGCCGGAAGCGAGCACGGCGGGGAAAGAGCGAUCGAGAGAAGGGCCGCACACGGGAGAAGGAUGACGAUGAAGACAUGGGGGAGGCAGAAGAGGAGCAAGAACCCGUCAGUCGGAGGAAGAACGAGCGGACUACACGGAAAGCGUCCCGCGAUUCGCACGGUUCUGCAUGGGCAGAAGGCUCGAGCAUACAACAGAUUGCAGAGGCUCUGAGCGGUGUCGCUGGUGAUCGCGCACAUUCGUUACCACGCGGUUCUGACAUGGAGCGCUUCGCACACGCUCACCAUCUUGCCCGCACUGGAUCGGGUCAUGGCGCAUUUAUGGCAGCGCCGCAUGCGGGAUUCGAUCUCCCUCCUCUUAAUGCCGCUCUCGGUGAACGGUUUGGCGGUUAUGGACCCCCUGGUCUCUUGGGUAAUCGUGAUUUCGGCGGAACGCCGUCCAGUUACAUGCGCUCUGGGUCCAAUGCACCUAGCAGGACGCAUUCGCCAUUGAACCCUGGUCUUACUGCUCCUGGUACCGGAUAUGUGUUGCCGCCGCCUCAUAGCCUUGGCGGAUACUAUGGACCCCUUGGUCACUCUCCCCCGCCUCACGAUGUGAUGAAUGGUGUCUUGACGUCCGGUGUUCCAACCGCGAGUGAGUUGAGGCAACACUACCUCGAACUUCACGAGCAGCGGAAACGGUUAGAAGAGAUGAUCCAGAAGACGGAUGCUUUGAUGUCUGGUGUCAAGCGAGGUCUUGACGAAAUGGCGAAUGCCUCCCAGCACCAACAGCAACACUCGCCCCAACAUCCUCACAACUCCCCUGAACAGCCUGCUCAACAGAAUACGUCUUCAUCCACCGCAGUGCCUUUGACUCGUUCUGGUGAGAAGGACAGGAGCAGAGAACCUGUUUGGCCUGUGUCGGCUGAGCAGCCCGCGCGUGAUUGA